AUGUACUUGACACCCAGCUCCUUCACCUUGGAGCACAUGAUCCAGAAGAACCAGUGUCUCUUCACCAGCACCCAGUGUAAAGUCUGCUGCGCCAUGCUGAUUUCUGAGUCCCAGAAGCUGGCACAUUACCAGAGCAAAAAACAUGCCAACAAAGUGAAGAGAUACCUAGCAAUCCAUGGAGUGGAGCCACUAAAGGGAGACGUCAAGAGGCUAGACUCAGAUCAGAAGAGCAGCAGAAGCAAAGACAAGAACCACUGCUGCCCCGUCUGUAACAUGACCUUCUCCUCCCCUGUUGUGGCACAGUCGCACUACCUGGGGAAGACCCACGCAAGGAACUUAAAGCUGAAACAGCAGUCCACUAAGGGGGCAGCGCUGCACCAGAAUAGAGAGAUGCUAGACCCAGACAAGUUCUGCAGCCUCUGCCAUUCAACUUUCAACGACCCUGCCAUGGCUCAGCAGCAUUAUAUGGGCAAGAGACACAGGAAGCAGGAGACUAAGCUCAAACUCAUGGCACACUACGGGCGGCUGGCGGACCCUGCUAUCUCUGACUUCCCAGCUGGGAAGGGCUAUCCCUGCAAGACGUGUAAGAUAGUGCUGAACUCCAUAGAACAGUACCAAGCUCACGUCAGUGGCUUCAAACACAAGAACCAGUCACCCAAAACAGUGGUGUCACCCAUGAGCCAGACGCCAGUGCAAACGCAGUCCACUCCAAAGGACUCAAGUGUGGUGGAAGACUAGAGAAGAUGUUUCUGCCUGGUUAGCCUUGUUGGGACGGCCAUAAGCCAGUUCCUGGUGACUGUGGUUAGCCCUUGGCUCCCUCUUCCUCCUUUCUAAUAGCAGAAGAAUAUGGAGGCAUGAGGCCAAAUUGGGCUGCAGACAGCCUCUGACUGGGCCGGGAUGAAGUGCCUCCUGCCCUCCUCUUUCGUGUGGCCUACAGGUCAUGGGAGAGGAGACAGGGCUCUUGAGAAGACCUGAGGUAGUGGCUUAGAGGUUAGCCUUCCUGGCCCCUCUGGGUGUAUGUCCUACAGUCCCAGUGUCUAUUUGUCCUCUCAAGGUCAGGCUGGAGCAAGUUCCUGCAGUUGAAGGAGAGCACCAUCUCUGGGAAACUGCAGCUUUCCUGCAGACUUUGUCGGGGCAGCAGACUACAGUGGACUGGAGCGGAGCUAAUGCUCCACUCCCCACCCUCAGAUGUGCAGCCUUGCCUGGAGUAGACCCUGCUGACUGAAGUCUCCUGGACCACACACAUCGUCCUGACAGCACUGCCGUCUCUGCUGCCCGUCUCUCCAGGCCCCAAGUGGUGCUAGUAGGCAUCUGCAGUAGCUAGGAGCUUGAGGAGACCUGAGUGCCCAGUGGGAUCAUGGGAAACACCAAAGGAGGCCUUUGUCCUUUAUCAGAGAUGCUCUGAUCCAGGGUCAUGUGAGAAAGUCUCCCACCUGCUAUGUUCCUGACUCUGUGCCCUUAAAGGCAAACUGCCUCCCGCCAGCCUACUGAAAGGCUACUUGGUAUUAGUUCUGUGCCCUUGUGUAGUGGACUGUCCCACCCAGGUUGCUGUGGUGCUAUCCUCCCCUGUCAUCCUCGAGGAGAUUUGGGGGACCCAGGAAGGAGGACUAGAGAACUGGUGUGAGGAAAGGGCCCCAGGCCCUGAAUUGAGAAUUUCCUACUGCUGUUUUGUGACCUCAGAAUCCACUGGGAGUGGAUUUUUUUCACAUAACUGUGGAGCAAGGAUUCUAGAAAGUAUCCCUAAGGCUCCUUGUCAUGGAGAUAAAAAAAAACUUCACUUGUUAAUGCCAUUGGGUGCCAUAUAGGAAUGGGAGCCGGGCUUAAACUUAAACCUUUGGCCACUCAACCAUUCAAAUAAAGAAUUUCUUCUGUGAGCUAGGCUGUAACUUCAGAUGUAGGGAUUAUAGCCAGCCGUGUUGAUACUGCUAUAAUAUCCCCCACAUAAUCAGAACCCCCAGGGCCCUCAGUAAUGAUCUUAUCCCAGGAAAGGUCUCCCUGGUGCCCUAAACCCAGCCGAGUUCAUUGACCUAGCCACCUUCAUCUUUCACAUAGGCCUCCUAGAGGUCUUGAGAGAAUCUAAGCUUUGGAAUCUGAUUUAUUCUUGAGAUAGUCAUUCUAGCUACUGAGUGGAAGACUGCAAAGAGGCCAAUAUGAAAUCUGGAUCCUUAAGGCUGUCUCCAGGGUCAUCCCUACAGGGUAGAUCUCUACCAACUUCAUGUCCAGGAUGCUGUGUCUUAAAUUCUGGACAUAUGAGUGGUUAAAGAUAGGUGUCCUUUUCCUGUUCAGAUUAAAGAGCUAGAGGAGUUUUCACAGAGCUUCUCAUAGGCUUUCUGGUCCUUAGAAGAACCUUUUACAGAAAAGGCUGUAUUUGGAAAUGAUGUAGAUGGGCCAGACCACGCAGUCUCAGCUCCAGUUCCCUGCAGCUUACUGUUCUGGGCACCUGCCCCUAGCCAGCUAUGAGAAGCUCUUGGCUCUAGAAUAGGUUCUCAGCUUUCCACUUCCCAACUAUAGGCCACCUCAACAGUUUCCCCAGAAUUCUAUGCAGCCCAGUGUGUCAGAAUUAGUAAAGAUUACUAGGUAAGGAAGUGAAGGGUAAGUUCACAAAUGGGCUGACCUCCAUGAGUCCUCAUUUUGUAAGACCUCUUUGUCUAGAUGCAGGAGUCCAGCACCACUGGUGUGGAUCACUGGAAGGAGCCGGCUCUUGCCCUCUCGGGGGGUUGAGGGGCGCCAGGGUGCAAGCACUACAAGCCUGGAAUGUGAACAAGCUGAGAAAUGAACAUCUGGUCUAUAUAUUUUGAGGUUUUAUUUUCUAGUUUGUUUCAUAUAUCCAGGCUGGUCUCAAAC